GAAAGAAAGCCCAGCACUACCAAAACCACACUCGUCGUCGAGGUUGGACAGCAAACCAAUUAUUGAAUGGGACCCAGGCUACCACCCAACGCGACCCGUGCCAUCCUUACGCUGCUCCCCAAGGAGCUCCCUCCGUCUCUUCAAUCAAAGCCGGCUACUCUUUGCCAAGUGUUGUCGAGGUACCCUCGGGAUGGCGUCGGCCAAACUGUACAUCAAAGUCGGUGGGCACAGAAGGGCAUUCAUAGCUCCUACUGGCAGGUCACAAGGACGAAACUAAAGCUCGAGGGUAAACAUGGGAGAGCAUGGGGGAGAUUAGUAUGGAAGGGUAAAAUGGUGAGCGAGCGUGAGGAGCUGAUACCUGGCUCACUAAAGUAUAAUUGGUCGACUGGGAGCUCGUGAUAUCGCCAUUCGUAAAACCCUGACUUGUCCUCGCUUCCUGGGAGGCUAUCUGAUGUAGUUUAAUCCUGUUCCAUAAUGACAUCGAGCUCGAAUAAAUGACAUAGACUUUUACUGAGCCGUGUGUGAGCUGCGAGGCCGACAGGGG